AUGGCCGCGCCGGUCAAGCGAGGUCGGAAAGCUAGGAUCGGGCCAGCGCAGUCCCCCAAGCAGUGGCCAGCAGGGCCACUCAGGUCAGGGCUGGCGAGGAAUGCUGCGAAUGAAAGUUCUCACCCAGGCCGUGCUCUCCCCGGUGGCAGCAGCGGGAGCACCGUGGAGCGAGAUCGCACGAUGCUCUACGUAGGGACCAGCAGCGACCAGGAUGUCUACCUGCUUCGCCACUUGCCCUUUGAUCACAGAAAUCGAUUCGGGCACGCAAAUUGGAGGGUCUGUAAGGUCCUCGCCCAUGAGCUCACCCCUGCUUAUUUCACGUCGUAUCCAAACGAACUGCUCGACGCCGCGACCGGGAUUUACAAUGUCGAAAGGGUUAGUAUGGUUGUCAGCCCGUACGAGAAGCCGCUCCUUGACCUUUACUACACGUAUGUUCACCCUAGUCUCCCAAUUAUGGAUUCUCGCGAACGGCUCGAGGCUGCUAUCGCUGCAGGUUCUGUCCCAGCCUCGCUACUAGGAGCCAUCUACUGCUCGGCUCUGCCUUACUGGGGAUCCUCGCCCAGAUUGGUGGGACUGACACCGUUCGAUGACGGAUGGCUACGCGAGGAUAUUUUCAAGUCCGUUCUUCAAGAAGCAAAAACACCGUCUCUGGCAACAAUCCAGGCCAUGCUGCUAUACAUGCAGCUGCCACCACAGCAUGUGCGCGAACCCAACCACCCUGGAUUCUGGCCCUUGACAAACCAACUUGUUGGCCUGGCGCAGGAAACGGGACUCCAUAUCGAGCCCACCAGCUGGAACAUCACGCCUUAUGAGAAGCACCUUCGGCGCGUGCUCUGGUGGGCAGUUUACAUGCACGAUAAGUGGUAUUUCCAACUGUACGGCAGAUCAUCAAUGUACUCACGUAUUGGCAGGCUUUCCCAUUGGCUCGGUAGGCCAAGCCACAUCGAUGACAAGCAGUUCAGCACUUCCCAGUUGACCGUGGAUGACUUCACAUUCAUAUCAGAGCAUCCUCUGGACGUCCGUUCAUGGGAGUCCAUGUCGGCCUUCGUCAUGCUUUCGAGACUAACGACUGUGCUUUCGAGCGUCCUCGAUCAUUUCUACACCGUCAACCGGAGCUCUUCCUUCAUGACUCCCGAGGAAGCUCUCUUCAAGGCUGACCAUUGUCAGGCUCAAUUGAAAGAUGUACUGGAACAGCAAGGCGGCAUUCUGCUUCAUCCUAGAAGGGGAAUCAAUAGCACAUCGUACUACGACAUAGAGAGAGAGAUGCUCCUCAUUCACGACCUCUUUGGCAUCUUUGAGGAUUUACUCCGCCAAGACAAUCUUGUUGGCGUUUGGCUCAGCUAUUGCAAGUCCAAUAUUGCCAUCAUAGGGAGCUUCAUGGUAACAGCGCUGCUGGCGAGCACGGGUGAUGAUGUCUAUCAACUCCGACAGGGUGCUUUGGAGGAGUUUCGGCGUCUAUUGAAGCGAUCAGAGGGACGCUUUGACUUUGCGGCCCUGCCUUUGCUCAGGCUGAACCUCCUGGUAGAGCGGUUUUCUGAUAGUAGAGCUUCUCCCGAGUAG